GGGUCUCAUUCUCGCCCAGGCUGGAUGAAGUGCAGUGGCACAAUCAUGGCUCACUGCAGCCUUGACCAGACUCAGGUGAUCCUUCCACCUCAGCAUCCUGGGUAGCCAAGACUACAGGCCCAGCUCAAUUUUGUUUUCGUAUUUUUUGUAGAGACGGGGUUUCGUCACGUUGCCCAGGAUGAUCUCAAAUUCCUGUGGUCAAGCGAGCUGCCCGCCUCAGCCUCCCAAAGUACUGGGAUUACAGGUGUGAGCUACCACGCCUAUUAUACUUUCUAAUGAAAAACUGAAACCACAUCGUUUUUGCAUCUAUUACAUGUCACCAGAAGAAAUGAUUAUCUUUUUUUUUUAACUUGACAAUGUUGUUUGCACAUUUUCUCAUGGUAUAAAAAUAGAAGGCUACAACAAACCUAUACCAGGAAUAGGUACCUUGAAAAAAAAAUUGAAGACUAUAACACCAUUUUAAUAGCUACCUGGUAUUUCUGUGUCUAUACUACAUGGACCAUAAUUUAUUUAACCAAUCCCAUAUUGCAAGAUAUUUAGAUCUUUGUUUCCAGUGUUCCACUUUAAUCAAUAAUUGCUAUGUAGAACAUAAAUUUUUAUGCGUGUCCGGCCUAGAUUUCUGGAAGCAGUAUUACUGGGUCAAAGUGCAAGGCUGUGAGGAAGGGAGUUUUGUAAAGACAGCUUCCCUCUGAUAAGAAAUUCUCCUGGGAAGGUGCAGAGGUAAAAAUAAACAAGGUAUUUAUUGGCAUAUUUGCUUGGCAGAAGUAUCAAAAAAUGAGGUUACUAAAAAUAGACAACCAGGUUUGGAAGUUUGUAUUUGAAACAAUGAACAAUAGUUAGCCAUUUGUUGAUUUUCUUUUUUUAGAGACAGGCGUUAGCUCUAUCCCCAGGCUGGAGUACAGUGGAGCAAUCAUGGCUCACUGCAGCCUCCACCUCAUGGGCUCAAGAUUCCCUCCUUCAUCCUUCCCAAGUAAGUUGGGACCAUAGGCACGCGCCACGAUGGCCGGCUAUUUUUCUUCUUUUUGUAGACUGGGUCUCACUAUGUUGCCCAGGCUGGCCUUGAACUCCUGGCCACAAAUGAUCCUCCUCCUCGACCUCCCACAGUGCUGGAAUUACAGUCGUAAGCCACCGCGCCCAGCUCACUUGUCGGUUAAGCACUAAAUGCUGUUAGCGGAGGAUUCUUCAGCAGAUCAACUACCGGAAGAGGCAUAGGUGUUUUUUUGUUUGGUUGGUUGAUUGUUGUUUUUUGUGUGUGUGACGGAGUUUCGCUCUUGUAGCGCAGGCUGGAGUGCAGUGGCCUGAUCUCGGCUCAAUGCAACCUCCGCCUCCCAGGUUCAAGCGAUUCUCUUGCCUCAGCCUCUCGAGUGGCUGGGAUUACAGGCGCAUGCCACCACACCCGGCUUUUUUUUUUUUUUUUAGUGACGGGGUUUCACUGUGUUGGCCAGGCUGGUCUCGAACUCCUGACCUCAGGUGAUCCACCCGCCUUGGCCUCCCAAAGUGCUGGGAUUACAGGCGUGAGCCACCGCGCCCGGCCAAUUUUUUAAAAAUGAUUCCGUCACAUUCUGAGAGAACGCAGAUAAAAUCAAUCAAUAAAUAAAGAUCCCGAUUUUCCAGGCUGGAUAACCCAGAAACCACGGAAUCCUAAAGUCUCAAUAAACGUUAAAGCACAGAUAGUAAGUAAUCUGGCAAUAGAGGACGGGCGCCCAGCAGACCGCCUACAUAAUCAGUGGAGCCGAGUGCAAGAUGAAAAUGCCAGGCACUUGCUUUAAAAUUACUAAUAAUUUCAAGACCGUUAACACUAGAACAUUAAACCAAGCAUUCAGGACCCUUCUAAGCGCAGAGGCCAUCAAAGCUAGCCCUGGUGACAAGCUCAGGUCUCCGAGUCUGGAGACUAGGAGACGUCGCCCGAAAGCUGGCCAAACCCUCGCCCUCACUGGGAGAGGCCCCAGGAGGGCCCAAGAAGGCCACAAGCCCUCGCUCCCAUCCCUGCCCUCAGGAGCGGGCGGAGGGAAGCUCGCAGCUUUCCCAAGGAAGUGCAGGCCGCAGGGACUGAAGUUCAGCUCGGACCCUGGGCCUCUGAGCCCGAGACAGCAAGGUCAUUCAACCCACACGUCUCCACCCAGCCAGGGCGAGGAUCACGGAUGUGGUUAAGUCCCGGCCUUGGCCUCAGGCUUGUUACUCAUAAACCCGCAGGAGGGGGCAGGAGGGGGCAGGAGGGGGCAGGAGGGGGCAGGAGGGGGCAGGAGGGGGCAGGAAGGGGCAGGAGGCGGCGCGCGCGCACCCUGGACCCGCGGCCGGGGGCGGAGAAGCACUGCGAGGACAGAGGGACUAGGGAAGGUCUGCAAAUCCCGGAGGGCCAAGGGAGCGUCUAAGGGGACAGCGGAACCGGAAAAGCUUUGAGAGAAAGACGUGUGUAUUAGGGAACGUCUGCAAAGACCGCGGCGGAAAACCAGGGAUUGUCUUAAAAAAUUGCCAGACCGGAUAAAGGGAGGUCUAAAAGGGGACCGUCCCAAGAGCAAGGUUUCCAAAAGCUAAGCCCGGAAGGACGGUGUGGAGGCCUACUGGGACGCCGGGCACCCCUUAGGGCAGAACCGACUGGAGCGCGGCCAGCGACAGGAGAACGGCUCCAGCCCCACAGAGGAAGCAGUGGGGAGAAAGAGGAGGCCCUUGGGCACUGUCUGAAAAGUGCGAUGCCAAAUGAUCUUUAGGGACAGACAGUAAAUUGUAUCCCUUGCUAAAAUACCUCUCGGUAGCGAACCACCAAUGGUUUCUUUUUUAAGCCCCGCCUCUCAGCCGUUACGUCUAGUUCGGCUAUCUCUGAUCCAGGAAGCUGCCAGUUCCCACUUACUCCUCCCCAACAAGAGCUAACAGCCUUCCUUGGGUGCGCACUUUCUCCUCCCCUCAGGCCCCUCGCGCAUUCUCCCGCCUACCUAUCAAUCAUCGUUCUCCGCUGUCCAGUUGGCUGGCCAAGGGGGCGGGGCCGUCGUGUGACGUUUGCAGCCCGCCAGACGAGAAGCCGCGAGAUGCGUGACGAGCGAAGCGCUUGACGGAGGAGCGGGUGGCCAACGCAGUGGCGGCAGUCGGUGUAAACAAGGCCUCGCGCCGCUGCGCGUCCUGCGACUGCUCCUGGCUGGUGGGUGGUCUCGCGUGGGGCGGUAACCGCCGGCUUCAGUGGGAGGUGCUUCUCGGCUUCCUCCCCCUCUUGGCGUACACACCCCCGGCGCACCACGUGGGCGUGAGGCAAGGAAGGAGGGGUGUUAGGCUAAAUUCUAUUUUCAUUGGCUAUCACCGCUGCCGGCUUUCGUAAGGGGGCGCUCUGAUUGGUCGAUAAGGUGGGGGCGUCGAGGGUCUUUGAGUCCUAAGGCUUCUAAUUGGUUAGAUGAGAUAAGCUAGUGAAGCGCUUUCUUCCGCGAGGGAUUUCGAUUGGUCAGUCAGAGAGGUUACCUGGAAAUCCAACACCGCCCAACACCCCUCCCGUUCCCGAGUCCAGGGACUUCGAUAGGAUUGGGGAAGGUUUGUGUUCCCGACGCCUUGGUAGUUGGCAUAGGCUAAAGAAAAGGGAUCUCAGCCCCGAGGAAGGGUCACCCUCCUAGCGAUAGCUACUACCCCGUCUCAGGAGACCCUGGUAUUUCUAGAGCACGCUUUGCUUUCACCAAACCCAAGGAGGUGACAGGAGGAGCCCCCGCACAGGACCUAAGGAUGCUGUGACCAGAAGAUGGGAUCACGGAACAGCAGCAGUGCAGGAUCCGGGUCCGGAGACCCCUCCGAGGGCUUGACCCGAAGAGGGGCUGGCCUGCGUCGGAGUGAGGAAGAGGAAGAAGAGGAUGAAGAUGUGGAUCUGGCCCAGGUACUGGCCUAUCUCCUCCGCAGAGGCCAAGUGAGGUUGGUGCAGGGAGGAGGUGCAGCAAAUUUACAAUUCAUUCAGGCCCUCUUGGACUCAGAGGAAGAGAAUGACAGAGCUUGGGAUGGUCGUCUUGGGGAUCGAUAUAACCCACCUGUGGAUGCUACCCCUGACACCCGGGAGCUGGAAUGCAAUGAGAUCAAGACACAAGUGGAACUGGCCACAGGGCAGCUGGGGCUUAGGCGGGCCGCCCAGAAGCACAGCUUUCCUCGAAUGUUGCACCAGAGAGAACGGGGCCUCUGCCACCGGGGAAGCUUCUCCCUUGGAGAACAGUCUCGAGUGAUAUCUCACUUCUUGCCCAAUGAUCUGGGCUUCACUGAUAGCUACUCUCAGAAGGCUUUCUGUGGCAUCUACAGCAAAGAUGGUCAGAUAUUCAUGUCUGCUUGCCAAGACCAGACAAUCCGACUGUAUGACUGCCGGUAUGGCCGUUUCCGUAAAUUCAAGAGCAUCAAGGCCCGCGAUGUAGGCUGGAGCGUCUUGGAUGUGGCCUUCACCCCUGAUGGGAGCCACUUCCUCUACUCCAGCUGGUCUGAUUACAUUCAUAUCUGCAAUAUCUAUGGUGAGGGAGAUACACACACUGCCCUGGAUCUCAGACCAGAUGAGCGUCGCUUUGCUGUCUUCUCCAUUGCUGUCUCCUCAGAUGGACGAGAAGUACUAGGAGGGGCCAAUGAUGGCUGCCUGUAUGUCUUUGACCGAGAACAGAACCGGCGCACCCUUCAGAUUGAGUCCCAUGAGGAUGAUGUGAAUGCAGUGGCCUUUGCUGAUAUAAGCUCCCAAAUCCUGUUCUCUGGGGGAGACGAUGCCAUCUGCAAAGUGUGGGAUCGACGUACCAUGCGGGAGGAUGACCCCAAGCCUGUGGGUGCACUGGCUGGACACCAGGAUGGCAUCACCUUCAUUGACAGCAAGGGUGAUGCCCGGUAUCUGAUCUCCAACUCUAAAGACCAGACCAUCAAACUCUGGGAUAUCCGACGCUUUUCCAGCCGGGAAGGCAUGGAAGCCUCACGCCAGGCUGCCACACAGCAAAACUGGGACUAUCGCUGGCAGCAAGUGCCCAAAAAAGCCUGGCGGAAGCUGAAGCUCCCAGGGGACAGCUCCUUGAUGACCUACCGGGGCCACGGAGUGCUGCACACCCUCAUCCGCUGCCGGUUCUCCCCCAUUCAUAGCACCGGCCAGCAGUUCAUCUACAGUGGCUGCUCCACCGGCAAAGUGGUUGUGUACGACCUUCUAAGUGGCCACAUUGUGAAGAAGCUGACCAACCACAAGGCCUGUGUGCGUGACGUCAGUUGGCACCCCUUUGAAGAGAAGAUUGUCAGCAGUUCGUGGGACGGGAACCUGCGUCUGUGGCAGUACCGCCAGGCUGAGUACUUCCAGGAUGACAUGCCAGAAUCUGAGGAAUGUGCCAGCGCCCCUGCCCCAGUGCCCCGAUCCUCUACACCCUUUUCCUCACCCCAGUAGGUCCGACCUCCAGCCCCAUAUAGGGUGAACCUCUUGAUAGGCUCUCUGCCUCCUCCUCCCUUUCUCCCUUGUGGGGAAUGUUUGGAGGAAUCACUGGCAUUGGAUGGGGAGAAACAUAAGCCUGGGCUCUGAGCCUCAGCUGAGCCCUGGAAGAUCUUCCCCAUGGGGCAGAGUGGUCUCCUUACGUGCUCACACCCAGUCAGCUUGGGUCCCUAUCUCUGGCCAGAGUUUGGCAGGACUGCCAUUAUCUGGGGUGUGGCCUCUGCCAGCAAGAGAGGUGUCCUGGGUGUUUUUAAUCAUGUUUGAAUGUUAGGGGUUGGAUCCUGGAGUAGACGCCUGAGGCCACAUCUGAACAGACCUGUCAGCCAGGCCUGCCAGGUCUUCACGUUGAGGAUUCAACUGGCCAAUCACAGGACAGGUGUCCUGGCCUUUCUUCCUGAGGUUUCUAGGGGAGGGGCAUGGGUAAGGGCGUUUGCUCAGCACCCUUCUGGGGUGGGGAUUAUGUCUGCUGUCAUGUCUGGGUCUUUAGGGUAGGACAGGAUGUGGUAUGAGAGGCAGGAGUCUCCACAAGGCUUCAUGUGGCCCCUCAUAGGGCAGGCCCUGCCCUCCGGGAAGGUCCCUUCAUGCUGGAGGCACACAGCUUUAAGGAAGUAGGUUGAAGUAGGACUCCUUCGUCCUCUCACUGGCUUUGGCUCCCUCAAUAAACUGUGUGGGAACCUG